AUAUCAUAUAACAAAUGUCGUAGACGAUAGUGCCAAGAAGAAUAAAAUCAUAUUCAACACAACUUGCAAGAUUUUUUAAUGAGAAUACAAUACCUUGAACUUUGAAGAGUAUACCAUAUAAUGCACAUCUACAGUUGAACAACAUCUCGAGUCUAUAUAUAAUAAUAUAUACAUAAACAUAAUAUAUGUUUUUAGUGAUGCAAUGCAAUAUAGAAGCAUUCAAGCAGUGCUUCUUUUGCUACACAAGACCAUAGCAAUAUUUUACAUGACGAUCCCUAUCUAUGUUACACUCCUGUAGCUAAGGUAAUCCAAAAAUAAAUAAAAUGACUGCAGAUCGUAUAAUAUACAAAUUUAUGUGAUGUCUGAUAAGCAAUGUUUGUAAAUGUUACCAUUGGUCCAUUUGACGUUUCAUUCAUAUAUAGCUACGUCAUUCAUAUACGUUGCAAAUGGUUAUAUGUUGAAAUAUAAUGUAAACAGUCAUUUGCAUUAAUGUGUGACGGCGAAAUAGAGCUUUGCGUUUCCAUCGUUAGUUCGUUACCCAAUGGAAGUAGGUCCGUUACAAACUUUUUUUUCUUUUUGCAAAAAUGUCCGUUACAAACUUACAGCUAGUGAUAAAGCAAACCGAAUCUGACACCGACAGAUACUUUGAAUGUGAACAACAAAAAAUUGGAACUUCUUCACAGGCUUCAUACGGAAUGUUAGAAACGAAAAGCAUGUUUUUGAAACACAAUCUGGUCCCGAGUAUUCAUUGAACAAGUUAUUUAUUUAAAUUUUGUUUUAAAAAUACAAUCUGGGCACUAAAUAUUUAGCAUUUUGAAAUGCACGUAUAACAAAACUAUUAUUUACACAAAUGCAAGUUCUCCAAAAAAGUUAAAAAAAAAUAAUUGUAAAACCAAACUUCAAUAUGAUUAUAGUUUCUUAGAUCAAGUUUGGGCUUGGACACUAACAUCAAAUGGUAGCCAUAUGGGCUACUAAAAUGCAUAGGCAUCUAGUAUUUCGUAAUUGCUUUUGCCAUUCUCAAUUUUGACUCUUUCAACGACCAUUCGCGCCAUAAGCUCUUUAUCCCCUCUCAUUCAAUGGAUUACAAAUGACAAAGAAAAAGAAAAGACAGAGCGAGAAACAAGACAGGAACAAAGAAAAUUAGUAAAUCACAUCAGCAAAAAAAAAAGGAGAACUAUUUUGGUUAUUACGGAAAAAAUUAAACAACUUUUUUAGAAUUCCGGCGGCCUAGCACCUGUUAAGUAAAUGGCCGUGGCCUGGCUAAUUUGGCCGCUCAUGCUAUCUCUCACAGCACUUUCUGCUAACUCGUUAACCGAAGCAGAAGCAUUGCUGAAAUUCAAGGAAUCACUAACAAACACCAAGUCUCUCGAUUCUUGGACAUUAGAUUCAGAACCUUGCGGAGGAACACAACGAUGGUUCGGAUUGCUAUGCAACAAAAACUCUGUUUUUGGUCUCCAAAUCGAACAAUUGGGUCUCACAGGAAACAUUGACGUUGCACCCUUAGUCGACCUACCCGGUUUACGCACCAUAAGCAUAAUGAACAACUCCUUCUCCGGUAAAAUACCAGAGUUUAACCGAUUAACCGCUCUGAAAUCGAUUUACUUAUCAAACAAUCGGUUCUCUGGUGAUAUCCCUCCUGAUUAUUUCACAAGAAUGCUUUCCCUUAAGAAAUUGUGGCUGUCGAACAACGAGUUCUCAGGCCACAUCCCUCUCUCGCUGGCCACUACAUUACCAAAACUGAUGGAGCUACACCUCGAAAACAAUCAAUUCACUGGGAUAAUACCGAAUUUCACCCAACCGGGUUUAGCUGAUGUCAAUCUCUCAAACAAUCGGCUAACCGGAGAAAUCCCACCCGGUUUGUCAAGAUUCAAGGCGAGCAGUUUCGCGGGAAAUUCUGACCUUUGUGGUGCAGAGCUAGCAACAACUUGCACGCAGCCGGGAAUUUCGACUGCAUCGAUCUCAGCAGACGGAGACAAGAAAGAUGAGUACAAGAGCAAAUACUACAUAGCAUUCGGUACCCUAGGCAUCCUUUUUAUCCUUAUCAUAUUCUUCUUAUUCUUCCUAAAGAAGAGGAGGACGAGUAUGCUUCGUACCUCUGAACAAGACAACAACGAGGAUCAACAAAUUCAGGUAACUGUUGACGGAUCAAGAACUGGAGCGUCGAAGCAUGGUACGCCGAGUAGUUUCCGCGAACUGAGGACAGAUUUGGUGAUGGUGAACAAAGAAAAAGGUGUUUUCGAUUUAGACGAGUUACUAAAAUCAUCAGCUCACGUCCUCGGAGCUCCCAACGGCCAGCCUAACAGCGGGGGAAGCGUGGGAUCCGCGUACAAGGCGGUGAUCGCGAGCGGAGUCAAGGUGGUAGUGAAGCGAGUGACAGUGAUGAAUGAAGUGAGUAUAGGCGUAUUCGCACAAGAGAUCAAAAACCUAGGAAGCUUGCGUCACAAGAACAUACUAACGCCCCUGGCUUACCAUUCCAGGCGAGACGAGAAGCUACUAGUAUUCGAAUUCAUCCCUAAUCUAAGCUUGCUUCACCGAUUACGCAGCGAUCAAAGCGAGGAGGAUUCGCAACUAAACUGGCCUUCACGGUUUAAAAUCAUUCAAGGAAUCGCGAGAGGGAUGUGUUACCUCCACAGAGAGUUAUCGUUUCUAACCUUACCUCACGGAAACCUAAAAUCGAGCAACGUAUUCCUCGCCGAAGACGGCGAGCCGCUGAUCUCCGAGUUCGGACUCCAGAGAUUGAUCAACCCCGACGCUCAAUCCCAAUCCCUCGCCGCGUAUAGCUCUCGCGACGCAACCGUCUCUGCGAAAUCCGACGUUUAUAGUUUCGGAGCCGUGGUGUUUGAGAUCUUGACGGGGAAGUCCCCGACGCAAUACGGGGGAUUGGAUCCGGCCGGUGGCGGGAAUCUGGCGGAGUGGAUUGGCUCCGACGUGGAUCUGCUUCAUCCGACGGUUGUAACUGCCGCUCGCGGUGAUAAAAUGGCGUGGGAUGAGAUAGAGAAUGUUUUGCGGAUCGGUGUGAGAUGUAUCGGAGAAGAUCCAGAUCGGCGACCGAGUAUGAUUGAAGUCGUUGAGGAACUAACGAUGGAUGAUUCUAGCGACGACUUCAUUUCUAUAGAAACUUAGCUUCACCGUUGAUUCUGGGAUUCGAUGAAUUCCAACCGUUAGAUUCAUGUAGCACCAUUUUUUUGUUUUCAUUCUCUUUUCUUUAAAUUUAUAUAUGAUGAAAAAAAUAGCCGAGGUUACUUGUAACAAAAGUUUGUUUUAACGUUUUGGGCAUAUAUGUGAUGGAUGCUCGAUGUAGUUUUUUUUCUGUACGCUAAUAGUAUACAAACAAAAAAAUAAUAGCAUGACAAAGGUGAAUAUUAACUUGUAUUGCCUGGACCAAGGUCAAUGUAUUUGAAAA